UUUUUUGUUUCUUUUUAAUUUCACUGCCUUUGGCAACUCGCGAUAUUCUUCAGUCCGAAGAGCCCCACUACAGAAAAACAGAGCACCGCACAAUCUCGUAUUCCCGCUAAGCCAUGCUGGCGGAAAAAAGAUUUGUGGAAGCGCACCAUUCUUCUCCUUUCCUUUCCACUCUGCCGAAACGCUCGUCUGGUCACGGCUUUUUCAAAUUCAACUCCAAAAUGGCGAUAUUCGGGAAGCGCAGGACAAAGCUACAGUCGGCGAUAACCGAGGCAACCACCAAUGUCAACGCCUACAACAAAGUAUAUAGCGCGUUUGCGCGGAAUCCUGAUAGCGCUGCACACUUUUGUUAUUUUUAGCGCGAUGGAGGCCUUCGAGUACGUGAUUUCCAAUAUUGUCGACCGAGAGCAGAGCACCAGCAGCAACAGCAACAGCAAUGGCAGCAAGCUGCUAUCUCGGAUGGGCGGUGGCGGCGCGCGCAGUCACCAGCCAGUAAACGAAGUCAAUCGGUCGCUCGCGUAUCUGGCGGUUUUGCAGGGAAUCGUAGUGUCCUAUCCGCGGCACAUGAAGCCGCUGUUCAAGGAUAAGAUUGUGGCAGACGUGCUGUUCAAGACGAUUGUGCAGUCGGAAGCCCCCGUGACUGUGCGCGAGACGUUGCUGUGCAUGGUGUCAAACUGGUGCAUACUUUACAGCGAGAGCCUCAGUGCCCGGGGUGCGCUGGAGGGAAUUGUCGACAAGGUCAACGAAAGAUCAAGUCUGACUCCUACAAUUGGGCUGCUGCCGAGGCCGGCCAUCACACUCAGGCAGGAGGGGUGGAAGUACCCGCCCAAACGACCAGGCCUGGUUCCUACGGGCCACACUUUUGACUUUGGCCAGUAUUCGCCAAACUACAUGCCGCAGCCGUAUCCGUCGCCGCAGCUAAUGCAGUCGCCCAACCACAUUCCACCACGACCAUACCCGUCACCACAGCUCAUGCAGUUUGCGCCUUCACCACCCACAUCGCCCCACCAACCGCGCCAGUUCGCAUCAGAGCUGAAGUCCCUCUGUGACAUGCUGACCGAAACCCUGAUCUCAAUUAACGUCGAGGAGGACCCGCGGGCCAACGCGAUUAUCUCGGAGAUGAUGAAGGACAUGGACCAGAAAAAGUCGGCGGUGGCCAACUUUGUCACCAUGCUGUCAGAGGACCGUGUCGACCUGCUGCAGCUACUGACGUCGGCAGGCGACGAGGUUGGCCGCGUGCACUGGCUGUUUGACAACACGCUGCAGGCGCACAAUGAGUGGCGGGCGAUCCAAGAAAGCCUGAAGACGCAGGCGGCUGAGGACGCGGUGCUCAACAGCAUAGCGUCGUCGUCAAAGGUCACGGGCAAACUCAUAGAGGCCAUGGCUGCGGCCUCUUCAACGGCAGUUGAUGGCGAGCUCGGCCAGGGCUCGGCAGCUGGAGGUGCCUCGUCGCGGACGGUCCCGCAGAGCAGGUCCGAUGAGAUGAUAUACAGUGUCGACGACUCGGCUCCGCCGAUGAUGCGCAUGUCGAGCAAGGCGCGCGGCAAGAUGAGGGCUGGGCCGAGCCCAGAGAGGCUGGCGGCUCGUCGUCAUCUGGCCGUCCCAACAACUACCAUCACCAGCACUAAGCACACAUAAUUCGGCAUACAACAACUACUUUCACGCAUAUUACAUUUGACCUUGUCUA